UACUGCAACACUCUUAAGAAAUUUUGAAAAAAGAAACAACGCCAGCUUAUACGCAUCCGCCAAAAUUGCGCAAACAAUUUUCUAUCCGGCCACCUAUAUAAAUACAGCAAAACUGCACAUCAUAAACGAUCCGUUUACAAUAAUGGAGGGCUUCGUGCACGAUUGGCCCACACCACCGCCUACAGAUAUUCCCCUGCACAUGGAUCUAGUCAGCGAACUACAGGGCGAUGGUGGUUUUGAGCCGCAGACUCGUGCCAGAUCGAAUACUUGGCCAUGUCCGCGGCCAGAGAACUUUGUGGAGCCGUCAGACNUAAACGAUCUGAAUUCGCAACAGGCCGUACAAAAUAUGAGUACAGCGAAAAAAAAUUCAUCGCGUCGCAAUGCGUGGGGCAAUUUGUCGUAUGCGGAUUUGAUAACGCACGCCAUUGGUUCGGCGACCGACAAACGGCUAACGCUUAGUCAAAUCUACGAAUGGAUGGUGCAGAAUGUGCCAUAUUUUAAGGAUAAAGGCGAUUCGAAUAGCAGUGCCGGCUGGAAGGUGAGUAACAGAGCUAAAGCCUUUAAUACAAAAGCGCGCAAUGGCGCCUCUGCAAACAUACUAUAA